AUGUCACAGUUAGUAAGGAAAAUUUAUGUCACAAAUACUAAGGGAAAUGAAGCAUCGAUCCAAGAGAAGGCUAAGGCUAUGAUUUUCCUUCUCCAUCAUCUUAAUGAGGAUCAGAAAUAUCUAACGGUAAAAGUUCCACUUGAGUUGUGGACUUAUUUAAAGGGGACAUAUGACUACCUAAAGGCAACAGUGUUGCCAAGAGCUCGAUAUGAGUGGAUGCAUUUACAUUUUCAAGAUUUUAAGACCGUAAUUGAAUACAACGCUUUUGUAUUCAGGAUAACCUCUCAACUGAAAUUAUGUGGGGAGACUAUAAUAGAUGAGGAUAUGUUAGAAAAGACACUUGUUACUUUCCAUGCCUCAAAUGUGAUACUGCAGCAAUAUCAUAAAAAGGAUUUUCAGAAAUACUUUGAACUGAUCUCAUGCCUUCUAGUGGUUGACCAACAUCAUGCUCUUUUAAUGAAAAAUCAUGAAGCUCGUCCCACUGAAGCUUCUCCAUUACCAGAAGUUAAUGUGGUGCAAGAACGUGAUCAAUCUAAAGUAGAAAAAGAUGAUCAUCAGGGCUAUAAUAAUGCACGGGGACAUGACAAAGAUAAGAGAUGA